CAUCGAAACCAAUAAUUAUUCUUGUUUGUUGCAUAGCUCUGUUUUUCAUUAAUCCCUUAGGUGUGCCCAGCCACAAGACCUGACGCGUACCCCUACCUGCGCGAAUCUGAAGCCGAUAAUGAUUAAGAGGCGCAUCGAGAUAUUUCUCACUUAUUCCGAUACUUGAUUGCAUAUUUAUGCUUAGCCGAGAGUUUCUCCGAGGCAACCAUGGCUGAAGCAAAGAAGAAAGGGCUUUUGAGCGGUCUGCUCCGUAGAAUCAGUACCCAAGGAAGCGGUAAGCUGGAAAAAGAUCCGCCGUCAAGAAGGGCUAGCGAUGGCGAUUCACUUUCGCGAAGACGGAGAUCUGAGAAGUUUGACCCCGCCAACGCUCGCCGACGAACUCGACGCCCGGAUCCUCGUGAUGCAAAGGGCAAGGGUAAGGAGCAUCCAAAUGGCCAUAAAUAUGAACCAUCGCCUUUAUCUGAAUGGCCGCCCGAAGGCUUGUCUAGUGAGGAAAAGCUCACGCAAGGCCAAGCGACGGAACUUAUCUCUACGGGUGUACCAGCGCAUAAGGGACAUAAACGUCCGAUUCCUCAUGUAUCAGAUAACUACUACGGUUUGUAUACAACGUCGGCGGGUAAUCACGGCGACGAGAACGACGCUGCUAACCAGCAUAAUGCGAUGACCCAACUUACCACAUUGAAGUUACAGGGAUCUGGUCCACCUACCUAUCCCUGGGAGACCCUUGAGCAACCUAGCCUUGCCUUCGGGUACGGAGCCCGGCCGGGUACUAUUACUCUAAACUACUGGGCAGGUAUUUUCAGCGCAAUUCCGCCGCCGAUGGCACUUCGCGACGUUGGAAUGGUACCGAGGGAUGUCGAUUUAGAUCAGAUAUUUCGUCGACUGAGGGAUUUGGAGGGCGGCUUGGAAGAUGACGAUGAGGAACUCUUAUAUCGUCUAUAUAAACGAUUUCUCAAAGACCCAGACAAGAUAUUUAGCCCGCAUAAGACGAUGGAGCGUCAGAUUACGGAUUUGGUUAUGUGCUUGUCGGGCCCGGAUUGGAUCGACUUCUCCAACCCGAAGAAUCAAGUUGUCACCAAGUUCAUCUAUGAUACCACCGCUGAGAAUGAGCAACAAUACCACAGAUUCUUCUAUCAACUACUCUUAAGCCUUGAGCUUGAGUUACGGAUUAAUUCAAGACUCCAUACAGAUUGGGCUAAGGAGAGACUCAUAUCUUCGAUACCGCCGAAGAUCCAAUGGAAUCUCGCCCUUGCCCGAAGAUGGAGGGACUUUGUGCGUGUUGAAGAUUAUGGCGAGACGGCAGAACAAGUCAAACUACGUUACAAGCUUAGAAAAAGACAGGUUAAGAUGCUGAAGAGGUUCGCCCAGAUGAUGAAAUGGCCGAACCUAGCCGAGACGAUAGAUGAGUUGAAGCAGAGAGAAGCAGAAGGAACUCUCAUCACCGUUAGUUCUCAUGCGAUGGCAUUUUUUAGCGGUUUGGUCCUGCCAGGGGCCACAUUCCCUUUCCUCAUUAUGAACUCCCUAAUUGAUAUUGAUCCCGAUAAGGCAACGGACGAGCUUGCCUUACUUACACAUCUGCAUCCCAACUGCGGCUUCCAGUAUCGCGGUAGUUAUACCUACUGGGCAUCAACGUGUAUCGUCGGUAAAGUGCUUGCGCCGACUUGCCUUGAAGCCGCUGGAUGGAUUGGACCUGCGCAACCAACAGAAGACCUGGGGCGCUCACAGAUCGCGCGGAUUCGCUCGAGAAAAGCUCGACAACAUGUCGUGACACCAGAGGACGUCACUUCGAUGAGCGAAAGAUCGGACCCCCUAGGAACAAAAUCCAAAUUUUAUCCCGUCGAAGAAUAUGAAUUGCUCACACCCGAUGCAGACGAUAUUAUCGACACUAUCAAAAUUGAAAAAGUCAAUCUGAAAGCGGUUACUGAUAGGCCGGAUUCCGGUCCGAAAUUGUUCGAUGCGUCGAUACAAUUCGCUAUCGAUCAAGUGUCAUGGCCGCUUCAUCUCACAUUUGAUGUUUCGUUCAUCAAUGCUUGGCCAUGUUCCGACGGGCCGCACCCUCUAUUCUGGGAUUAUGUUUACACCACCCGCAAAGUCGACGAAAUCGUGAAUAUUUUAGAUUGGGGUAAGCCGAGUAAUAGGGAAAGGAGCAGUCGGUCGAGUGCGAACAAGCCGGCAGAGCGUAUCGUGGGGGACGACGACGCCGAUAGAGUCCUAGUAAUUGAAACGUUUGGCAACACCGACAACGAAGUCUUGGCGCGGGCAUGGUGUUCCCAUUGGGGACUCAGUGCUGUGGUGGCGGAUAUUAGUAAAACUUGCAUGGCUUGUGCCAUACGCGAGGCUUACGCAGCGACCUUGACGGUUGUAAUACUUGUUGAGGAUCAACCGGACGAUGCUGAGUAACGAUCGCGAUGAUCGUGGAGUUCUCACGGGAAGCACUCGCAGAAUUUCAACAAGGAGCGACGGGACGGGACGACAAUUACACGCAUUAAAUUUAAUGACAGCAAUGACGCAGCGGACGAAUUUCACGAUGGUUACACUAUUAUCCAGGUGUUCCGGGCAUUGAAUAAAUGGCGAAUGGGCUUUAGGUUAGCUGUAAAA